UCUGAUUCCAUUUAAUGCUUGAACUAUGCGACGGCCUUCGCUCUGCAAUCAUAUAACCUCUCACUUCUCUCCGAAGCUGACCCAGAAAUAUUUAAAUUUGUUUUUAUUUUUUAUUUUUUUUAGUCCAUCUCUCUUAAAGUUCUGUGCAAAAUCUUAAUUCCUUCGUCUCAGAGACCCCCAUUCACCCCCUUCCCCACCCACCAAAGUUUUGUUGCAUUUAUGGUGGAGAGAAAAGCAGAGAUCGGCAGGCAUUUCUCAUUGCUUCAAUAUGGAUUUUGGUUGGCGAAGGGAAAUUUGAUGCUCCUCUUAAUUCUGCAACCAUAAACAUUGAAUUAGCCUUUUCAUUUUCUGCAUGAGAAAAAUGGGAGUGGAGAAAGAAGGUUCAAAAAGUGGAGGUGGUUAUGCGGGCAGCUUCUUUCACCUAUUUGACUGGACUGCCAAAUCGCGGAAGAAGUUGUUCACAAACAAGUCAGAUUUACCUGAGCAUUCCAGACAGGGAAAGAAAAGUGAUGGCAACUUGCCAAUGACGCGGCUCCAUCUGAUAGGUGAGGAUGAAACUGGAGCAGGGUCAAGUAUCAAAGGAAGUAGUGAUUUUAGUUGUGCCUCGUCAGUUACAGAUGAAGGAUGUGGAAGUAGGGCCCCUGGGGUAGUUGCCAGGCUUAUGGGACUAGAAUCCUUACCCACAUCGAAUUCUUCUGAGCCCUACUCCACACCAUAUUUUGACACUCAUUCACUUCAAGAUGCUCAUUAUCCCACGAAUUAUUUUGAUUAUCAUCAUGACCCCCAGAUAAUGUAUUCUGGAAAUCUGCUGAAGAAGGUGGAGGGCCCUGCACGGAACUUUGUGGAGUCAAAACCCCCAAAGAAGCUAAGUAGGCCAAUUGAGAAGUUCCAAACUGAAAUAUUGCCUCCUAAAUCAGCUAAAUCUAUUCCGAGUACGCACCACAAGCUUUUGUCCCCUAUCAAGAGUCCUGCCUUUGUUCCUACAAAGAAUGCUGCUCACAUAAUGGAAGCAGCUGCAAGAAUUAUUGACCCUGGACCUCAAGCUGCCACCAAAGCCAAAUUGCCUCUGGUAGGUUCUUCGUCAGUACACUUGAAAGUUCGGGAUCUCAAACUGAGAGUGGAGGCCGCCCAAAAAGUGCCAAUGGUUGGGUCUUCUUCUGUGAACCUGAAAGUUCAAGAUCAAAAGGAGAAAGUCAAAGCUGCUCAUAAAACAUCCAGGGUUGCAGAAACUUCUCGAAGGCCAGUUGAAUCUAACGUUGCCAAGUAUCUCAAGGGGCAGUCUAUGAACAAGAGCUGGAAUGGAUCUGUUGAUACAUCCUUUGGGGCUUCUACUGGCAUAGAAGAAGUCUCUUCUGGUUUAGCAAGUAAGACUAAGUCAGUUUCACUUGCAAUUCAAGCUAAAGUCAAUGUCCAGAAAAGGGAAGGAAUAAAUUCAGGUACCAGUAGAAGUUUGACAAGACAGAAAGAACAAAGUGAGGUUAGCAUAAACCAGCCCUUCAAGAGCCAGCCAAUAAUCCAUAAGAAUUUGCCUAAGAAAUCUUCUAUGCGUAAUGCUUCUGGAGUUUUAAGGCAGAAUAACCAGAAGCAAAAUUGCCUCAUAGAAAAAGAAAAAUUGCAUUCGAAGUCCUCAGUUUCAAACUCCCAGGGUAGAAAAGUGCUUUCUGUGGAUUCAUCUUAUGGGCGUCACAAAAACUUAAGUAAAUCCACUGGGAACUCCAAACUUGGAUCCAGGAAGCUAGGCUUAGAGGUGGCAGAUGGUGAUAAAGAAGCUUAUUGUAGUGCAAAGAACUUCCCUAGGAAGAAACGAACAAUAGAUAGGGAAUUUCAUUUUGAGAAAAAUCGGAUUGCCGAUGAUAUUUUGAAUGGCAACAGUCAGAAGCCAGUCCAAUCUAAAUCGGUUAUCAAUCGGGACUUGGGUUGGAGUCAAGACAGCAGAAAGAAAGGUGUUGAUGUUGUUUCUUUUACAUUCACAGCCCCGCUGACACGAUCGAUGCAUGGUUCUGACACUGCUUGUCAGGUUCCACAGAAAAGUAAUGGUAGUUACCUGGAUCACCGAGGUAAAAGUGGGUCGCUUGACACAGAUAGUUUGAGGUUAUCUUCACUGGGAUACAAUGUGAUAGGGGGUGAUUCUUUGAGUAUGCUUUUGGAGCAAAAGUUAAGAGAAUUAACUCAUGGAGUUGGGUCUUAUCCCUGUGACUCGUUGAAAGUUGGGUCAGCUUCUAGUUCUGCAUCAAUUGUGCAAGAUUCAGUAUCCUCUCCUGGUACAGUUAGCUCCAAGCCAAGGUUACCAGAUAAGAGACACCAACAUGAAAUGGAUACAGAUAAAUUUGGUGGAGGAUAUGACCCUGACUUUUCCUUCACUGAUCCUUCUGCCUUCAGAUGGAAAAACAAGUUUCAGGUAGUCGAUGAGAUGGACGGAUGCAACAGCAAUCUUAUUGAAGCUGGUCAAUUUUCUGGUGGCCGACAUCCUAGUCCGGUCUCUAUUCUAGAGCCUUCCUUUUCAACUGAAAGUUGCGACUCUUCAGUCAGCACCGAUAGUAAUAGUGUGGAAGGAAGCAGGAUGUUUUCAUCUGUUCAAGCUCAGGUGGUUCUUGGUUUGAGCUCAUUGAAGAAGUUCCAUUCGGUAGAACCUGAUGCAGAAUUGUCAGAUUCAGCUUCUUCCAUAUCAACUGGAACUGUGGCAGAAAAAUAUACAGCCAUGUCAGUUUUGACAGGACUUGCUAGAUCAAGGCAAUGGGAAAUAGAUUAUGUGAAGGAGAUACUUUGUAAUGUGGACUUGAUGUUCAAGGACUUUGCAUUGGGUCAGGCCAGUGAGAUUAUAAACCCUCAUCUUUUUGAUCAGUUGGAAAGUCGAAAAAUACAGUGGGAAAGAGAGAGUGGUGUGUCUAGGCAAAGUCGGAAGGUCUUGUUCGAUUGUGUGAGGGAAUGCCUGGAUUUGAGAUGUGGGCGAUAUGUUGGCAGGGGCUAUGGAACGUGGGUAAAAGGGGUAGCAACAGUGAAAAGAAAGGAGUUGUUAGCAGCAGAAGUGUGCAAGGAGAUUUCCAGUUGGAGAAGCAUGGGAGACUGUAUGGUUGAUGAACUUGUAGACAAGGACAUGAGCAGCCAAUGCGGAAGAUGGCUGGACUUCCAGUUUGAUGCAUUUGCACUCGCGGUUGAGGUUGAAGGCGAAAUACUUGUUUCUUUGGUUGACGAGGUGGUUGCUGAUAUCUUGCAGCUUUAGUGCGCUAAGAACCAUUAUUUUUUUACCACCAUUGUUAACUAUAUAUGAACAUGCGGGUUUUUUUUUUUCAGAAUGUAUUUUCUGUUUUGAAAAGAAGUCUGUUACAUGA